GGACAUGUUUCUAAUGUAUACAAAAUUCUGCAUAUUUUCACGAAAAAUUUGCAAAAUGAAUGACUACUCAUCUAACUGAGAUUAUGUGAUUUUACAGACGUCAUUUCAGAAACGGUCCACAAUAGGAUUGAUGAGGAUAUUACUUUGUACCUGUUGGUGUUUUUAAAUUGUGUAAAAUGCCUGGAAAGGUGAGUUCACAUAGUAAAGAAGACACCUGGGGAGCCAAGGAAUUGACAGAAUCUAUCAAGGAGGCUCGGUCAUCCGGAAAAAGCAGACACAAAGAUAAAGACCGUGACAAAGAAAGAGAGAAGCCUAGGGAUAAAGAUAGAGAGAGACACAGAGAUAAAGAUAGGGAUAAGGACAGUCAUCGAGAUAAAGAACAUGAACGUAAAAGAGACAAAGACAGAGAUAGGCAAAAAGAGAAAGAUAAGGACAGAGAAAGGAGAAAGGAUCGUGAAGGGGAAUCCUCUAAGGAGAAAGAUAGAGAAAGAAGAAAGGAUCGAGAAAAGGAUUCGUCAAAAGAUAAAGACAGAAGGGAAAAGGACAGAGAUGGGAGGAAGGAACGUGAAAAAGAAUCUUCAAAGGAGAAAGACAGAGGGGAAAAGGACAGAAGCAAGCAUAGGGAGAAGGAAAAGGAUCGAGAUAGGGAGAAAAAGGAAAGAUCACAUCGUGAUAACAAGGAGAGUGCAGAGAGGACAGACUCUGGAAAGAAGGAGAGACACAGAGAUAGAGAUGAGAAAAAGAGAGAACGAGAGAAAGAAAGUGGCAGUAGAGAUGGGGAUAAAUCAAGCACCAAAGACGGAGACAGAGAUAAAAGAAGGGAGGAGAAAAGACACAGAGACAAAGACAGAGAGCGGAGAAAAGAGAAGGAAAGUAAUGAUAGUGACCGUGAGAGAAGGAAACAUAGAGACAAGGAUGGCUCAGCUGAUAGGAGGAAGAGGGAGAAGAGUGGAGAACGCAAGCAUCGGAAGGAACAUAAAGAGGAGAAAGGUAGAAGCAAAUCAGAACACAAGAAUGGCCAAGAUGAGAGACAUGAGAAGAAGCGUGAAGAUGAGGAUGAUGUAGGAGAGGAGAUUCUUAAAGUAUCUGACCAGAAGGAGCAACAAAUGGAAGAAUCUAAUCAGGAUGACGGCUAUGAAGAUGACUUUGAAGAUUAUGAUGAUGACUUUGAAGACGAUGAUGAUGAAGAUGAAGAAGGGGACAAAGAUCCUGUUAUGGCAAGUGAGAUAGAUAACCUAAGGAGAGCAAUGGCUGCUGAGAAUGAGGCUUUAAGAAGAAGUGCAGAAUCUCGUGACUCAAGAUCACAACAAUCAAGUGCAAGCACCAGACCAAGCACGUCUCGUACAGGGCGUACCUUCAUUAACUUUGUGGCAGCCAAGCAACGUCAGAUCAGUGACCAGGUCUCUCAGAGAACCAAGAAGAGAGGUCAAGAACUCAUGAACCUCAUUGACCUUGACACCACAGGCUUUGACCUCUUUGAUAUGCCCCCUGUUAGGGAGUACGAUCGCUACAUUGCAAGCUUUGGUCGCUCAAACACCAAACAGGCUUUUGUACAGUGCAAUGAUGACAACCUGGAUCGUGAUGUGCAAACUGAAGAGAUUGAUACAAGUGAAAGAUGGACACAACACCCUCAGGAUGGUGCUGCAGCUACUGGAGGGAGCAAUUCCAAAGAAGAGGAUGAUGAACUUCCAGUAGAGAGAGAGAUGAACUCAUUACGCUACAAUCGCUUUAUGGAGAAAGCCACCCAGCUCUUCAUUGUUCUGUUAGAUGAGGAGUUGGCCAAUAGAGUAGGAGGCAAACUUGAGAGCAAUAAGAGGAGUAUAGUUUUCAGUGAUGGCUACACACUCAUGAAUACUGGUACUCCUAUACUACAAGGGCGUUCUAUCAACAGAGUAGUGAUUCAUCCCGUUCAGACCAAUCUCAUCAUCACCAUGCAUUCCAUGCCUAAAGCAGAUGUUAUGAACAUUGAUGACAAAGACUUGAAAGUGAUGGAGAAAGCAGGCUUGACCAACAGAGGGCUGAUGUGUGUUUGGAAUGUUAAUGAGCCUUCAAGACCACAGAAGAUUCUGGUGUUGAAAUCCAUGCCUACAACAUGCGCCUUCAGUCCAUCCAAGGCAACAAUGGCUUUCUGUGGAACAGCUGAUGGCUCAGUAUGUGUGUGGGACCUGAGAGAACCCUCCAGCAUGCAUCUCAAGUGUGAGUUUGGUUGGGGCCAUAUCAUGGUCAGAGUACCAACCUACAGUACAGAGGCUGGUAGCCCGGAUGAGAGCCAUCAUAGUAGAGUGGUUGCUAUGCAACCCAUCGUCAGUGCAGAUGAUGCGCAGAAGGCCACAUCCAAGUCCAACUUUGGUGAUGACUCGGUAGGAUUUUCCUUUCAGCUUGCAACAGUAGAUGAGAAAGGAACCAUCAGCUUUUGGGUUGUCAUAGAGAUUGAUAAGCCUGAUGAUGCUGGUUCAGAAUCUGAUCUUGGUUUGGUACCUGGUGGUAGAAUCAAACUCAUCAAAAGUUCAUCAAUACAGCUUCAGAUCCCUCUCAGGGAGCUUGGGUCUAUCUACCAGCUCAAGGUGACUGAUAUGCAGCUCCUACCAUCCAACCCAAAUCACUUCUUUGUUGCAACAGAUGCAGGUUUCAUCUCACAUGGAGCACGAAAUACAGAGAGGGUUUCUCCCAAGUACUUUUGGGUUAAUGAUGGUGUACCAGUUGGAGUCAAGUGCAUAGAUUUCUCACCAUUCGAUCUCCCUUGCUUUUUGGCUGCCAGUGGAGAUGGAAGUGUACAACUCUUUAGUAUAGAGAGAGGUACCCCACUUGUGAGUUGGCCCAACUCCACCCAAGGAAUGGCCAUAGUAGCCAUAUCAUGGUCCAGAUCUAGACCAUCGGUCUUCUAUGUGAUGGACAUCACAUCUAAGGUGUAUGUCUGGGAACUAUUGGAGAAUGAUUCUGGCCCUGUCAAGACAGAGCAGUUCACACGUGGAAGAUUAUCAGCUCUUGCUCUAGCCAACGAUCAUGCGGCUACAGGGUGGGGUGUAGCAGGCAGGAAACCAGAAAUGAUUAUCACUGAUGAGAUGGGUUCUUUGGAUGUGCAUCUUCUCAACUCUAGAUUCUCAACAGCCACUGCCAGUGAAUUAGAUUCAUUCAGUGAUCUCCUAGAGCAGCUCAUAUGAAGAGAGGAACAUUGUUGGUUGAUUGGUUGAAAUACCAUUAAACCAGAAACUUUCAUGUGCAUGGAAUAUUUACAAAUUUCUCAGUGGUUCAAAAUUCAGAAAGUUUCAUGCUGUGAAAUGAUUGAUUCAUUAUUGACAUAUUUAACACUACAUGAUUACAAUAUGUUGAAUUAUCUUGCUGUGAAAAUUGCCAUCCUUUGGGUCAUGAAAGUUUCUGGUUUGCAGUAGAGCUUUUGUGAAUAUGAUGCUUCAGUUUCUUGCUCUUUCUUUACAUUUUUUCUGAGAGAAACCCAUUUACUAUUAAUGCAUUUCAAUUUGAUGGUGUUUUGUCCCAGAAAAAUUGUGGUGACAUGUCAUUCAAUUCACCUGUUUUGUAUGAUAUGUUAUGUAUGAGAGGAAUCUAUGCAUACGUAGAGGUUGCCAUGUUAAACAAGUCUCAUGUCAGCUUUAAACUCAUCAAGAUCAGUAUGUGUUCUAGUAGUAUGUACAGAAUUUGAGUGCAUUGAAAAUGAGCAAAAUGUUAGUACAUAUCUGGAGUUUCAUAACAGUAUAUAAAAUGUGACAUAUAUAUGUAAGAACUGAAACGAAAUGGGAUAGUUUAAGUUAAUCAAGCCAAAGGUUCAUUACGUAGGUGAAUUUAUUCAUGUGUUUUGUGUGUAUUUAUUACAAAGGUAGCUUUGAGGUACCUUGAGAUGUAAAUGAAAAAUAUCUUAUGAGCAUCUCUGUUUUAUGCACAUUCAUUUUGUUCACUUAUGAAUGUGAAAAAGAAUGUUUUAAUGAUUGUUUCAACUCUAUCAAGUAUGGAAUUACCAUUGACAUGUCAGUUCUAAAUUUUUUUUAGCUUAUUAGCAUCUUGAACUCUACUUUAUAUAUUUGAUCUAAAUGUUGUCCACCAAACAAACUUUGUGUGCAAUCAAAAGUAAAGUGUAGGAACAUGUAUGUUAAUACAACUAAUGCACCUUGAUUUUCUGUUCCUAUAAAUGUACAUAAUUGUAGAAAGAAUUCUUUGCUGUCAAAUUCUAUUUUCCAUAGCAGUAUUCAAACACGUAUUCUCUAUUUUUCAGGGUGUAUGGCUGUUAUCAUAAUUUUAGCCUUUCAGAAAGGGGGGGGGGGGGGUUAUUGCAGCAUUUUCAGCCAGAUUACUGUUAGAUGGAAGGAAAGUCACUUCUUCACUUCAUAUUUACUUUUCUUACAAUUCAAAGAAUUCUAUCUUGAUAUAUUUUGUGUAAAAUUUGUACAUCUAUGUCAAUAAUGAAGAGAAUUUACAUAUUAUAAAUAUAUUUGUAAAUAGUGUAAGCAUUUUGUAAAUGUGUGACUAUUAAAAAAAGUAUAGAAAAAGAAAAAAAAGGAGAAACUAUAAGAGUAAAGGCUCUGUUGAACACAGACCAGUUGUAAAUCUCUAUUUAUGUUAGGUGGAAUAAUAACUAUUCCCUUCAUAUCAGGAGCAGAGAUCAGAUAUAUGUUGUUCACAUGGUGUUGCCAGAAACCAGCCAUAAUACGGGCCAUACAGGUUAAAAAGUUUCUGGAUGAAACACAUUAUCCUGCAAUGUUAAGGGUAGUGCCUAUGGUCAUAUUGGAGGGAGGUGGGGUAGUAAUUACCAUUUAUGCCACUCAUUCACAAACCAUCUGUUCAGAGCCAGAAGGGUAUCAACUCAUUUGACAUCCUUUUACAAAGUGUUAGCCCCCUUCUGGCUCUAAGCAGACAAUACAUUUGUAUGGAUUAAGGAAAAAAGAAUUAUCUCUGCUUUAAUUUUUUUUUAAAGAUGAAGGUACAAUUCUAUUCCGAUGUAAUUUUUGUGCAUACUUCCAGUUGCAUUUAAAUAAAGUUACAGAAAUUCUCUUUUAUUUCCUCUAUGCAGAUGCAAUGCCAAUAUUGCAAAUGGGUAUCUAGAUUUUCUUUAUUUGUUCAGUCACAGCCACACAUUAUUUCAUUAUCUUAAUUAUUUUAAAGUCCUAGAACACAAAUAAAGAUACAACUAUUCAUGUAUGUCAUCGGCAACAUCAGUUGACGUCUAUUGGUAAAUUCUAUUUUUGUGUGAUAUGUUAUUUGCUGACUGAAUAAAAUCUGUUUGUCAGGUGUCUCCUAA